CCGACAUUUCCAGCUAUUGAUUUACAAGCAGGAGAUCUUAGCGGAGAAUGGAGAAAGUAUUCGCCGUAUUUACUGACCAUCAACCGUUGGUCACGAUAUUCUCAAACCCAGCAUCGAAACCGUCAGCUCGUCUAGAAAGAUGGUCCCUGCGUUUACAACCUUAUGACGUCACAAUACGCUAUCAGCCUGGAACUGAAAAUCCGGCAGAUUAUCUAUCGAGACAUCCGCUUCGUGAUGUUACUCCGAACAGCCGUCAAGAGAAGGUAGCUGAAGAAUUCGUAAAUUUCCUGGCAGAAACCUCUACGCCUAAAGCCAUCAACCUGACCGAUUUGAAGUCGGCAACGAAAAAUGACGCUACCCUACAAGCCGUAAUGAAAGCUGUUCAAACCGGGAAAUGGCACGAAACCUCCAAAGAUGCAAGAAUCAACAUUUCAGAGUUUUCAGAAAGUAAGAAACGAACUGUGUACUCUACCCGACCUAGUCUUGAGAGAACGUAG